CUAAAGAGAAACUAAAGAUCAUGGGCUUGAUGAGUGCUAUCAGCCCCAUUAUAAUUAGACUCGUCUCAAGAAAAGAUUAUGGCCCAUGCUGUCCUUUUUUCCGCCGGGUGGCGGACGAGCAGAGCGGAGUGAGAGACUGAAGUGGGGAACAAUGGCAGUGGAAAUCGGCGGCGACGCCAAGAGGCCGCGGCUGCCGGCGGCGGCGGUAGACUACCUCUCGGCGCUGCCGGAGCCGCUGCAGCUGCGCAUCCUCUCCUUCCUCCCGCUCAGGUCCGCCAUCCUCGCCUCGUCCCUCUCCCGCGCCUGGCGCGGCCUCUGGGCGCGCCGCUGGGAGGACGACGGGAACCCUUCCCCCUCCCUCCACCACCACCUCCGCCCGCACUCCACCCCCUCUUCCAACAAGCUCCUCGAGGCCCUAGAGCUGCGCCAGUUCCAGGGCCGGCGCGGGCGAAUCGACCGCUACUCCCUCGUCGUGGACACCCUCGCGAUGCGCGCCCGCGGGCUCGACCGCUACCUCGCCGCCGCCGCCCGCUGCGGCGUCGAGCUGCGGAGGACGUGUCCGGCGGACACGCCCCUCCUCUUCCACUUCCCAGCGGGGGCCGGACCCGCCCUCGCGCGCCUCUCGCUGCGGGGCAUCGGGGUCUCCGGCCUCCAAGGCAGGGCCGCCCGGCCCUGCGCCGCCCUCGAGGCCGUCCUCCUCCACUCCGUCCGCCUCGACGAUAGGGACCUUGCGAGGAUGCUGGCGUUGUGCCCCCGUCUCCGCGUCCUCGGCCUGUGCUCCUGCACGGGCAUCAGUCGUGUCGUCGUGAUGGCGGUGAUGGGGCUCACCAGCCUCAGGAGCGUCACCAUCGUAGACUGCACCUGCCUCAUCGGGGUGGACUUCACGGUGGUCUCUAGCCUCCGGUCCUUUCGCUACAGCGGUGGUUGUUUCUUCUAUCUGCCCGGCGACGCCUUGUUCGCCGACAUCGACAUCCGUUUCGGCGUCAAGACAAGCCGCAAUGUCCUCAUCUGCCAGAAGGUGUUCAGUGAGUGAUUCGAAAGCCGCGUUUGCUCAAAACUCGCUACCCUCACCAUCUGCAGCAAUGUCCUCUUUGUUGUGCCUUCCUUGCUUAAUGCAACCUCACAUGCGGAUCGGCCAAGAUGGGUGGUGAAUUCUUUCGGAGCAUGACAGAACUGCAGUUGAUUAUGUUAGAAAUGAAGGCCCCUGAGCUUGCAAACAUCUAUGUGUUCCUCAAGAACACAGGCUGUUCUAAUCUAGAGAGGCUUUUUGUGCAGGAAGGUGGCCGGGGAGUCAGGAUUAAUAAGAGAAACCUAUGCCGUACCGUCACUCGCGACCGCUGUUGUGGCUGAUGAGUUCCAGUUCAAGCGGAUUGGUUACUUUGCUGUGGACACUGACUGUCAUCCAGCAAACAUUUUGUUUGCUUAUAGGGAGGAAAGUAGAAGCGUAGUGAUGCCAUACAACAAAGGGUUCUUCAUUGAAGGGGAAACAAAAUUGAUGUCCAUGGUGGUUAUGGUUCAGCGAGUAUGCAGGCCAGUGCACUGUGCAUAUUUGCAGAGAACCGGUGUUGCGGAUCGGAUAGAGUUCUACCAUAGAGAAAAAAAAAAGGGACACAGGAGCAUCACACAAGAGAAAUAUUCAUCAAUAAAGUGAAAGUGGAGAUGCGGGGUAUCGAUCCCCGUACCUCUCGCAUGCUAAGCGAGCGCUCUACCAUCUGAGCUACAUACCCGUGAGGUGGCAGCUCCACGAAUCUGCUAGUCGACAUGACAAGACGAAGCCAUUCGUAGCUUCCCCACCACCAGCUUUCAUGAUCGAUGUAUGUCUAGUGGACUGUGAUUUUCCCGAUCGAUUCAGGAAAGUGCAACUUCAAUCUAAUGAAAAGUGCAACUUACAUUUUUGUUUUCACAAGGUUGCACUUACUUUUUUACUUGCAUUUUUCACCGAACUGAAGUUGCACUUUCUGAAUUGAUUGAUGCUUCUUUCGCAAAAAAAAAAAGAAUUGAUUGAUGCUUAAGAAAAACUUGGUGGAUUGAGGCCUAGCAAAACAAUAAUUAAAGGGGCAUGUGUGGCUGCACGUUGCAUCGCCACAGAAGAGUAUGUUUAUGAUAAGAAACCUGACAUUGAUGCGUUUCAGGCUCUAGUUGAUGA